CCCAUCUUCAAUACCGCCUCCCAAUAACAACACAACCAGAACUACCACCCAACCUCGGAGACCUUGCCACGAGCUCCGCUGUUUCUCUUCUGUUUCUCCGUACACCAUUCAGGGUCAUCCUCACGAACAAACAUGUCCGACGAUUGGUUUUCUUUCAAGCUCGCCCCGGACGGCGAUGUCGAAGAUGGGUGCCAUCCUGAAGAGGCACAGGCCAUGAAAGAAUACCUGCGCCAGAACACGACCGCAGCUGAAGCUGCCCGAGCCAUUACCCACCCCAUCGUCACUGCAGACAACCCCAGACACGACCUUGCCCGCCUGUGGGCCUUUUUGAUGGAUUCGCUCGUGGAGCUACCAGCCGAACAUACAGGGUCACUGUUGGAACUGCUCAAAGCAAUCGAAAACCUUCCAGAGCCCGACUUCACACCCAUCGACGAGAGCAAGCGGCCCUCUGAAAAGCUCUGGAAGGGCCUGCCGGGGUUCGGCCACCUGUGGUCCGAUUCAUAUCAAUCAGGGAGCUGGAGGAACGAGGCCGCGGCCGCGACUGGCCCGGCGCGUGACGCGCUACGAGACGCACACGUCAGGAAGGCAGAGGUUGAGGCGCGGUUGGUCACGGCUGGCCUCGCCGGGAUCCCGAUCGACUGGGGAUAUCAAGUCGUCGCGGACGCCCUGGAGAGCAGCAACGCCCUGCUUGAUUUUGAGGUUCCAGCUGCGACAACGUGGCUUGUCAUCUGCGGCGAGCGAUUCCGACAGGCAGCGGAAAAUGGCGAGGAGAGUUGGGCGUUCAAGCCACAUGCUACAAAGUCUUCUAUGAUCCCCUCGCGAGAUCUCUGGAAGGAGUCUUCGCACCAGGCAAUGAGUCUGCGCCGGUGGUCAGCGUGGGAAGGGCGUUUAAGGGAGUUGCAGAAGAGGCAGGAAGUUGUUCAGGAAGCGGUAAUAACGGCGCUCGGUGCUAUGGGCGUGGCAUGAUGAUAAAUGCGCCAUCUUGAAAAAGAGUGAUGGUUAUAGAGGAUACCUAGGUAGUCGGACACAUUGAACAGAGGCCGCAAAAGGGACCUGGGUUGGCUGAACUUAUGAAGAAUACCGUCGAAGAUUGCCUAAUAAUAUGCGUUGCAAUUUCUGUCUAGGAGAAUUUCUAAAAGAUCAGGGUCACUACCUGAGU